AUGGCCAUCUCUGGUGCAGAGGAUGACCCUCUCGCUUCAAUAAGUGGUGCGGAUGUCAGUGUAGAUGACGAAUGCUUCUCAGAUGAUGGAGGCAAUGAAACAGAUUGUACCUCUGUUUGUGAUGAAGGCAAAGAUGGCCUACCUGAUGUGCUGGAGGGUGACUGUUCCUGGCUCCUUAGAGACCUAGCUGAUGCACUGAAGGAUGAUGGUGACUGGCUCUGCAAUAAGGAGGAGCAUCUGCCAGAGCACUACCUUGAAGAGGAAGACAACCUCAACCCAUCCUGUCUUCAAUAG